AUGUCGUCCCAUCCGAACCCCAAUCGCGCUGGCUUUCACCGCAUUCGACAGGCGGCCAACGGAGAUCGUUAUAUCGCGCGUGAUGUCGACGGCGGUGCGUUAGAUGUUAAUUCACGCGACUAUGGAUCGUCCUCCGGCACGGAUUCCACCUACAACAACAAGAUAUCCUCAGCUCUUGGGAUCGAUCUUAACGCACGUAUCCUUACCUUCAGUGCCGAAGUCCCAGCGAGUUCUCGAGCGCCCAGAUCGAGGGAAGAUCUUAGUAGCAAAGACCGUACCAAGGCAUCGGCACCCCGGCGACAGGUAUCAACAAUGCCAGAGCGAGUAUUAGAUGCACCUGGUUUAAUCGAUGAUUAUUAUCUGAAUCUUUGUGACUGGUCUGUUGAUAACAUCCUCGCCAUCGCUCUUGGAGAGUGUCUCUACCUUUGGAAUGCUCAGACUGGGAGCGUGAAUAUGUUAUGUUCGCUGGAUGAGACAUCAUAUUACGCAAGUGUCAAGUUUUCAGAAGAUGGACAUUACCUUGCUUUGGGUACUUCAGACGGUGCUGUACAAAUCUAUGAUAUCGAUGAAGCUCGACUUCUACGGAAGAUGAGUGGGCGUGAAAGCCGGGUGGCAACCUUGUCCUGGAGUGGUACUACCUUGUCAGCCGGUGGGCUGGAUGGUAGCAUUUGGAAUCACGAUGUUCAAGCCGCUCAACACAAAGUAUCCGAAAUGAUUGGCCAUCGGGCUGAGGUAUGUGGGCUAGCAUGGAAACCGGAUGCGGUAGAUGGAUUUACAACUGGAUCACCUGGAUUGUUGGCUAGUGGGGCAAAUGAUAAUAUUGUGAAUGUUUGGGACGCGAGGAAUUUAAGUGAGCCGAAGAUGACCAAGAACAACCAUCGCGCGGCCGUAAAGGCUAUCGCGUGGUGUCCUUGGCAGAGUAACAUGCUCGCAACAGGAGGUGGAACGUCUGAUAAGAUGGUACAUUUCUGGAACGUCAACACAUCUUCGCGUCUUCAGAGUUUGGAAACUCGAUCUCAAGUCACUUCGAUUGUCUUCAACCCUUACGCAAGAGAGUUCUUGACAACUCAUGGCCUUCCCGAUAUGCAUUUUGCCAUUCAUACUUUCCCUAACUUUGGUGUUGUGGCUGAUGUACCAAAGGCACACGACACUCGUAUCCUUCAUUCUGCUUUGAGUCCUGAUGGAUGUAUCGUGGUGACAGCUAGCAGCGAUGAAAACUUGAAAUUUUGGAGAGUAUUCGAAAAUAAGAAGGUCAAAGUGUCGCCCAAUGCCCCCUUUGGGCGUGCUCAUCCGUUAGGCACCAAGGACCAAAAUCAAGAGGACCUCAAGAGUGCUUAUUCAGUCCGUUGAUGUUAAAUUCAAUCGGACCCAUGUGAUUAGUUUUUUCUGUCAAGGCGAUUUUCUUUUUGGCCCGAGGUUUGCGUAUCAUCUACAUGGAAUAGGAUGGUCUUUUUGGCUAUAAUUAGGAAAUGUUUAUCCGGAUCUUUCAACUUCAUUAUUCAACAGCUAUCGUUUGAAUUUACAAUGUAUGGUGGUCGGUGAUGUACUGGAUCACUUGUAUAAUUGGUUAAAGGAGCCAAGUGUUUGUUUCUCUGUUUCUUAAGCAUGUUUUGAUUCUCCCGAUUUGCUUUUUUGUUUCUUGCAAUGGAACAUCAAUUUCUGUGC